AUGGCCAGACUAUAUGCCAUUUCUGAUUUGCACCUUGCGUACCCUUUGAAUGCGUCGGCAUGGAACCUCCUGCAGCCCAAACCUCCUGGCGCAGGCCUUAUUCUCGCAGGCGACAUUGGCGAGUCAGCCACACACCUGAUUAAUGCCUUUGAGCGGGCCAAAGCCUGUUUUACGCAUGUCUUCUGGGUCCCGGGCAACCAUGAGCUCUAUAGCGUCUCACCUUCGAUGGCCAAGCAUCCAGCUGAUCGCCUUCGAGGGGAAGCGAAAUAUAAUGCCCUGGUGGAACUGGCGCGCCAGCAUGGUGUCCUGACACCCGAAGAUGAUUGGAUGCUAUGGAGACGGCCGGACGGUGUUGAUGUGGUGAUUGCCCUCAUUUUUACACUAUAUGAUUAUUCGUUUCGGCCGGCAGACAUAUCUCGAGAGCAGGCACUUGAGUGGGCGAUGGAGGAGAACGUGUGGGCUACCGACGAGGCCCUGUUGCACCCGGAUCCAUAUAGCUCAAGGGACGAGUGGUGUACACAACUGUGCGACAGAUGGGAGCUCAAGUUUGCCGAAUACGCUAGGCGAUACCCAAACUUGAAGUUUGUGAUUGUAAAUCACUGGCCGCUGCGGGAAGAUCUGAUCUACAUUCCAAAGAUUCCGCGCUUCACUCUGUGGUGUGGAACCAAGAGGACUCGGGAUUGGGCAGAGAGCGGACAUUUCGGAGCGGACUAUGGAGGGGCCGAGGUGGUUGUGACUGGACAUCUGCAUGUCAGGCGAACUGAUGUCAAAGAAGGUGUGAGGUACGAAGAGGUCAGUCUGGGGUAUCCACGGCACUGGGAAAAGGCGCGGGACGCCGACAAAGGGGCCAAUGAGCUGUUGAGAGAAAUUCUGCCCGGGAAUGGAUGGGUGGAAGAGGGUCAGCGGAUGUGGCGCCCACAAGGAUAG